AUGAAGAAAAAAAGUAUGACCAAGCACCGGUGGAAUCCUGAAGAGGAUGAGCUACUGCAGAAGCUAGUAGAGGAACAUGGACCAAAGAGCUGGUCUCUAAUUGGCCAAUUAAUUCCGGGUCGAUCCGAAAAAUCGUGUCGAACCGAUAAUGCGAUAAAAAAUCAUUGGAAUUCGUUCCUUAAACGAAAGCGCCUUUUGAUGUUAGAAGAUUUGACAUCCAAAAAUCUUCAACCACCGUUGAAGAAAUUGUUUAGUAACAGGGAGGGUAUAAAUUCAGGUAGUCCAUAUAGAUCUGAUCUGAGCAAUUUGGAUUUUUCUAGGUUCCUUGAGUUGGGUCUGUAUCCACAUGUAGCCCCAUCUAGUCGAAAUUUACCUCUUUCAGGAUAUUCACCAGUAAUGCCUGAUCAAUUAAUGUCUCUAAGUCCACAAGGAUUUGAUUUAAGAAAUUUGGGUUUAUUUAGGUUUCCUCAGUUAAGUCUUUAUCCGCAUAUUGUCCCACUAGGUGAAAUUAUGCCAUUUUCAUCAGUUUCUAUUAUAAUGGCCGAACCAUCAGUAUCUUUGAGUCCAUGUGGUUAUAAUAUGAGCAAUUUGGGUCUAUAUGGGGUACCUUUGUUACAUCGAUAUAAUAUGAGCAAUUUGGGUCUAUCUGGGGUACCUUUGUUCAGUCUCUAUCCUCCUAGUGCCCCACUAGGUGAUAUUUUGACUUUUUCAUCAGUUUCACCCGUAUUGCCUGAUCCAUCAACAUAUCUUAGUCUCUCUUUACCUGGAUUCAAAUCUACCAAGAAUUCAAAUUCGAGGAAUCGAAUUGAGCAAAUAGAUCAACUCGCACCUAUAUCGGAAUCUGAAUCCACUCCAUCAAAUUUUAUUCCCCAACUUUCAACAACUCAGAGUGGGAAUAUUGAGUAA